AUGGAAGAGAGUGCUCCUAUUUGGCUACAUCGUCCUCCAAUUACUUCCAAUCUACGCACCCAUCCAGGUAUUCGCCACAUAUCUCGCUUACACACAAAGCCAGCUCCAAUGAAACAUGUCGAUGAAAGAUAUAAAGAUGCCCAGCUACGAAUAGUAAGAAAUUUCUUAGGCGCUCAUCCGCAAACGUUAAUACUUCUUAAUGAGUCUAAGAAUCUUUUCAGCAAACAGCUUCCAAAUAUGGGUGGAGAGUAUAUUUCACGACUUGUUUUCGAUAUUCAUUCAGAAACUGUUAUGUUGCUUUCAAAUGGAAUAGUUACAGGCUCUAUUAGCUCAAGAUUGUUCCCAAUUGAAGAAUUUGUUGAGAUAGUUUUCCUUGCAGUUCAAUCUCAAGACCAAGCUCGUGGAUACGGCCGUUUAGUUAUGAAUUAUCUCAAACAGGCAAUGAUGGUCUACAAAUUUUAUGAUUUUCUUGCUUGCGCGGAUAACGAAGCUGUUACAUUUUUCAAGAAAUUAGGUUUCAAUGACAGGGCUAUCAUGAUGGAUCCAUCCAGAUGGGUCAGGAGGAUCAAAGAUUACGAUGGUGUCACUCUUGUCCACUGCAAACUGCACAAAGAGAUCGAUUACAUGAAUUUCGCAAAAACAAUUCAACUUCAGAUAGAUUUUGUCGAAAAUAUCAUAGGAAAACAUAUAAUAAAUACACCAAAGGCACUAGAAAACCCAUUUGUUAAUCAUACAUUCGCUCCUACAAAAGUUUCGAUGCCAUUACCAAAAAUUAUGAAACUUAUUCACAAUAAUGUACCGCAGACGGAAUACGAUAAGAACAAAAUAGUUGAUUACCGUGAAAAAAUGUCGAAAUUACGAAAAACUUUCAUUUCUAUCAUUGACAAGUUCAUUGCGAACCCGAAAUUCAUGCUAUUCGAACGCCCUGUUACAGAAGAUAUCGCACCAAAGUACUUUGAAUUGAUUCAGAAACCAAUGGAUUUCAUUACUAUAAAACGAAGGCUCGAACGCUUCCCAGACUAUUACAAACGACCAGAACAGUUGUACUCUGACUUCCAGUUGAUUGCGGAUAACUGCAAAGCGUUUAAUCCGCCUGGAUCUCAGUAUAUCGCUUUGUCAAACUCGUUAAUGAGUACUGUUAAGGCUAUCUUCGGUCAGGAAUUCCCUGAUCACGCUGUUUGA